ACUUUGACACAGCCAGGGUGGGAUCGAACCUGCAACCCUCCGACUGCCAGACGACUGCUCUUACUGCCUGAGCCAUGUCGCCCCUUGAGUAGAUUGUCUCCAACCCAUAGGUUGUUUUGGUUAAUUAAAAUGAUCUCAUUCUGAGCUCUGUUUUGUGAACUAAGACUGAGGGUGGUGAUUUUUCAGGGAACACAAAUGGUUGUCUAUACAGCACUUCAGCCAUCCUUAGCCAAGUUGCGUUUUUAAGAAACUACUUCGACCUCUUCAUGAAAAACUGCAGUUUCCAUAUUUUUACAGGGCAGUAAAUCCAGCAUUAAGAUGGAAGAGAGGCAGUAUGCAUCUUUGACGGUCCCUACGGAUUAUCUGCAGCACUGGUUUCCAGCCACCCAGCAUGUCCAGGCUCUCCAGGUCUCGCCGUACCACCAAAUGGCCGAAGAUGCACUCUUCAUGGACACGCCGGGGGAGCACAGGGUGAUGACGGAGAUGAUGGUCCACCAAGAGCCCACGUACGCUCCCCAAGAGCCCACGUACACACACCAAGAGCCCUACGUCCCCCACGAGCACCCUGCCCAAAUGCAGGGGUACCCCCUCCCGCCCUACGGAGCAGCUCCAGGUUACUUCGUGGACCGCGACGAGCACCGCGUGCGGCCCCUGGUCUACCCCGUGGCCCCCGCGAAGGGGAAGCGGGGGCGGCCCCCCGGCGACGAGGCCAAGGCCAAGCAGGAGCGUCCGCAGGAGGGCGGCGGGAAGGUCAAGCGGAAGGUGGACCGCUUCAACGGCAUGUCCCCCGAGGAAGUCAUGACCAAAACCCUGCCCGACAUCCUCGCCUACAACCUGGACAUCCUCAUCAUUGGAAUCAACCCAGGACUGCUGUCCGCGUUCAAGGGACGCCACUACCCUAACCCCGGGAACCAUUUCUGGAAGUGCCUGUUCUUAUCGGGGAUCACUGAAGUCCAGCUCAACCACAUGCACGACCAGUCUCUGCCCGAGAAGUAUGGGAUCGGCUUCACCAACAUGGUGGAGAGGACCACUCCGGGAAGCAAGGACCUCACAAGUCAAGAGUUCCGCGAUGGAGGCAGAAUUCUGGUGGAGAAGGUGCAGAAAUACAAGCCCCUCAUAGCGGUCUUCAACGGAAAGUGUAUUUAUGAAAUUUUCAGCAAAGAGAUCUUUGGAGUGAAGUCCAAGAAACUGGACUUCGGCUUGCAACCUCACAAAAUUCCGGAAACGGACACGGUGUGCUACCUGAUGCCCUCGUCGAGCCCGCGCUGCUCCCAGUUCCCCCGCGCCCAGGACAAGGUGCAGUUCUUCCUCAAGCUGAAGGACCUGAGGGACCAGCUCAAGGGCGUGGACAAGAGCAAGGAAGUGGAGGAAAUAAAGUACACAUUCGACCUGGGCCUGGCCAAAGAGGAUGCCAAGAGGCUGACCAUUAAGGAGGAGAAGCAUGACCCUGGGUACGAGCCUCCGUUCAGCGGGGCCUGUGGGACGAGCGAGCGGCAAAGCAACGGACACUGCAGCUUCUCCUACCCUGAGACGCGCGCGGGAGACACUGCUAUACCCAGUACAGAAGCUACACCCCUAACAUCAAUGGGACGGGUCCUGGAUGGCCAGUGGAUGAUGCAGUCAUUUGCUGAUCAGAUCCCAGACAUUGCUGGCAGCAGCACACAGCCCCAGUAGGGGGGGAGACUACAUCAAGGGGAUGGAGCCUCACUAAACUCCUCCCAGGAAUUUCACGGAUGCUUGAGGAUUGGCUCCAGGUGGCUGAGUAUGCCACACCCAGUUUCUCUGGCAACGGUUAGUUCUGUUCUCUCUCAGUGCAGCAGAGGAGCAGAACCACUGAAGAGGUCACAAGGAAUUUGAAGUGGACUGAUUUACCAUUUUUGACACUUAUUUUUUUAACAACGGUAGAUUUGAAAAAUAAUUAUUUGUUUUGUGUUUGUUCUUAUAACUGUUUAACGUAACGCGAGACUUGUGUCCGUUUUUUUAUGCGAUUUUUUAAAGAGGAUAGUGGACUUUUUCCGCAGAAACUGUCUUUUAUUGGUUCUCAAAGUGUGCUGAUGUAUUUUGGAAUUUGCGCGCGCGCGUAAAAUCGCUGUCCAGACUGCUCACACCUCGACCGCGGUCCGAGCGGCUGUUACAUUUACCCUUCACAGUGGUACAGUAUCACUCCUUAGGGAAGUCAUAUAUAAACUGCGGUGUGCUGAUAUUUUAUUAACUUCUGUAGCAAUUCAUGGUUCCACCCUCGAGCCAGUCCGGGAGUGCUUUUCAAUCGCUUAUUUUCACCUCUCAUCCUUUGCUCGCAUCCUUCCCGCGCUUUCUUCGCUCCACCAAACGGAGGACGCAAGGAAAAGGAGGGGGAGGGCAGAGGAGUUGAGGAAACCGUGUAUCGUGUUAAUGGGACGUCAUUUACUCUUUCAAGCGUCAAGUUUGAAGCCGUGAGAUUUUACCAAGGUGGCGGUAGUGGAGAGGUGGAUCCGCAGGUCGAUCAAUACUUCCGGCGAGGAUGUGUUCCCGUGUCCUCAUAAAAGCAUUAAGGACCGAGGGGAUGAAAUGCUUUAAAAUACACUGGUAAAUGCACGGAUAAAAUAAGCGAUUGAAAUGAACCCGAGGCAUGCCAAGGCUUUUCUCGUUUUGUUUUUGUUUUUUCCCCCCCCCCUGGACUCAGGGUACUUGUGCCAGCAGGGCAUUCUGGGAGGAGAAGACCUCUGGCACUGUAUAACGGGGUCGGACUCUGUAACCAUGUGAUCACAAUGAAGUUUUCGAGGAGAUUGUGUUACAGUUGGUUAACCUGACAGAAUGUUUUACGUUUUUGUCAUGUUAUGGGGGGAAAAAUGGUGGUCAGAAAAAUAAAUGUGAGGCUAUUUUUCUAAAAAUGGAAAACCUACGAACCUGUUCCAUAUUCUACCUGAAUUUGAAAAGGGGAUAAAAAAACAUUGAGACUACCUCAUUCUUUUGCUGCCCAACGUAAUUGGCUCACGGUUGGGGGAAAAAAUCAUGUCUGUUGAACACUUGUUCAAUGUUUCUUGCAUUAAAAAGGCACCAAAUAUGUAUUUUAUUGUGGGUUUUUCAUUAGUCCCUGAAAAUUGCUAUUUCAGAUGUUACAAGCGAUGUAGACACUACAUGUUGAUAGUCAAUGUGAUUUAAAAAUAUUUUGAAAAUG